UUUUUUUUUCAUUAAGUUUAAUGAGUUUUUUUUUUUUUACGUCAUAUGUAAACAAAAAUAUAAAAUAUUUUUAUUUACGAAAGGAUUUAUUUUCGAUUAUCUAAAUGAGCUGCCAGAAGCAUCGGUCUAUAGAGCAAGAAAGCUAACAUAUUUAGAUGGUGUAAAAAAACCUUUAUAUAUGUCAGUAUAGUAUUCAAUAUCGCAUCGAUGGCGCGAAUCAAAUAAUGAUACUUCAACCUAUGUUCCCAAGUCUCAUGUUGUUAUCGUUUAUUUUUCUUUCUGUCAAGUUUAAUGAGUUUUGUUUUUACAGGAUAUGUAAAAAGAAAUAUAAAAUAUUUUUAUUUUCGAAAUUAUUUACGAAAGGAUUUAUUUUUCAAUAUCAAAAUCAGCUGCUAAAAGCAUCUGUCUAUAGAGCAAAAAAACUAACAUAUUUAGAUGGUGUAAAAAAUCCUUUAUAUAUGUCAGUAUAGUAUUUAAUAUCGCAUCUACGGAAGCCCGGUCCGGCCAUUCCAAAAUAUUAUACAUGGUGCAGAAAGCGGGGUAAGGGGCAGUAACUUUAAGGCAGGUUUACAAAAAAGCAUCUUUAAUAUUUUCAUGUAAACACAAAAUAUAACGUAUUGGUAUUGUUUAUAUGUCAGUACAACUAACCAAUAUUCUUGUUAUUAUUUAAUAAAAUAUAGAUAAAAUUUAUUUAUUAAAUUAAUUAAAAUAAAUAAACAAAAAUCUAGAGGUCAACAGAAUUAUAACAAUCACGAUGAAACCUUGGAUAUUUUUGCUGAUUGAUUAUUAUAAGAAGAAAUUGGUAAAUAAUAAUAUCUAAUAUAAUUUAUAAAUUGUUCAAUAAUUUAUAACAUUAAGCUCACAUAAUUAUGUAGCCUGGUACACCAGUGUAGUAAAAAAAGUAGUUCAAAUCCAGAUAUUUAUCAUUGUUAUUGUUUAAAAAUACCAUAAAUAGUCUCAAAUCAAAAUCAGGAUUAUAUCAGUCAGACAGAAUAGUCUGGAUAAUUUUUUUAAUUGACAAUGUUUAAUUGUUAAAUAUAAAUGAAAUUUAAAUGUAUUAUUUGUUUUAUUAAAUUUUAUCAUUCAAAAGCUGAGAAGAUGUCAACAACACAUUCAAAAAUUCCAAUUACCAUUGACAGUCAGUUGAAAUUGAAAGACAUUGAAUGUAAAUUAUAUUUCGUAUUGUCAUCUGAUAAAAUUUGUAUGGGUGUUCUUGAUGUUGAGAUAUUGUUUUAUUAUAAAGAGUUGCAGUGUCAGGAUGAUAGUAAUUUGUCAUGUAAUAGUUGUGAUGUAAUUGGAGGUGUUUGGAUGACGAUGAAGCUUGUUGAUCUUGGACCUUACAAAAAGACAGAUCUACAAGCUUGGGAAGAUAAUUUUAGAGCAUCAAUUCUUGAUGACAGGUUGACUUACAAAAUUAUUGAUGAACUCGAAGCAUGGAAAGAACGUCACCAAGAAAUUUUUUAUAUUGAGUUGAAAAAAAAAGAAAAAAGAUAUUUGAAUAGAUUAAGUGAAGAGUGGAAGGAACCAAAAGAAGAAUUAGAUACAUUACAUUCUUUAUCUGUUUUUCAAGGACAUACACAAGUUGUUACUUUAAUUAAUAAAAUAAACAAAAAUUGGUUUGAUGAAUUAUGGGGUUAUUUCUAUUAAUGUAAAAUGAUUAUUUAAUUACCAUUAUUUCAACUAGAAAUAAUGUACUACCAGUUUCUUCUUUUAAUAAUUAACCAGCAAAAAUAACUAAGAUUUCAUCGUGAUUGUUCUGAAGAGAAAAAAAACAACAUGAAAACAAAUUAUGAGACCAGUUAUUAUCCAUGAACUUAUCAACAAAGUAACAACUGUAAAUGCUGAAAUUUUAAAAUGAUUUGUUGCAACGACUAAAUUAACUUCUCCAAUAAUAUCAAACUAUGUAUCAUCAGCCAAAUACCAACUCCACAACAUACACUGUAAUAAAAUAAACAAAAAUUGUUUUCAUAAAUAAUAGGGUUUUUUUAUGAAUGUAAAAAAAUUAUUC